UAAAAAAUGGCAGACCAACUCAGAAAAAUAAAACAACGGACGUCAUUCCAAAAUUAGCUGUUGCUAUUCAUUUGUUGGAGCAUAUUUUUUUGCAAAUAAAUUCUGGAAGAAAUAAUACAACAUUUCCAGAAUCAAUCACCUUACAAACCAUGCAAAAAGCUUAUUAUUAUUCUCAAAUGUUGACCGAACAAAAAGAAUUUUUCAAUGGUUUUGUUUCAGACAUGGUUUGCGAAAAAAAAAUUAAAACCAUCAAGCCACCAACUUUGAAAGAUUACACCAUUGCACUGUUAAAUAUGCCAGGUCGAAUUGUCACCUACCGGUCGUAUAAACAAUGUGCAUCUAAAAGGUUGAGAUCAAUGAUAUCAAGUGACUACAAAAAAAUAUGUGAAGACUUAGUAAUGAUUAAUGCUGGGAAGUUGAAUUCAGUGAGAUUGAAUGGUCAGAGUGAAGAGUCAUAUAUUUUCGUUAAGUUGCCGUACGACGAAUUACCAGAGGAGGUCAAAUCAAAAAUGCAAAAAAAUACUUACCUAACGAAAUAUGAAAUGAAUUCCCCGAAAAGCAUCACGCAAAACAUUAUUGACGCGGUGCAAGACAUCUUUCAAUAAAAUAUUUUUUUUAUUUUCAUUUUCAUUUUAUUUUCAUUUUCAAAGUUAAGUAAUAAGGAUUAUCGUUGCGUUUGUAAGUAAUGAAAACCAAUCAAAUCCUUGCCUUUAAUAACAAAUUUAUAUUUUCUUUAGCAAUAGGGUUGUUACAGAGUGUCUUACACACGUAUUGUCAAUAAGUUUUUUUUCACAUAAUGUAAUAAAAUUAAAAAAUUUCAUUGGUUUAACCUUGGAGGAAAGAAUUAACUAAUACGCUAUAGCUAAAAUCAAAUAAUCUACAAAUAAAAACGCACUUCUAUUUUUCCUAAGAAACGGUUGUUAAAGUGAUGCCAUAAAAGAAUUUGUUUACUUUUAAAAUUUUUAUUAUGUUUGUGCAUCUUUACUUUGUUAAUUUUUAUUAGAUUUAUUCUCAAUGAUUGCCUAUCAGAGUUGAAUGUUAUUUAGAAAGGUUACAAAUAAUGACUUAAUACAUGACCUACAUUUUCAAGAAA